UUUAGAAAAAAAAAGUAAAAAAUGCGAAGGUUAAUUGUUUCAUUAGUAAUAGUCGUAGCAACAUGGGGCGAAGAUGCCACUUUGGGGCGGGUCGUGGAACCUAGCAACAGCCUGGACCGCAAUGACGGCUUGGGUGAUACCGAAUUGAUACUAGCUUUUGUGGUAUUCCGUCAUGGCGAUCGAACACCCGAUUUAGAAGAAAUGGCACUUUAUUCACACGGCGAUAACUACAAGGAUGUAUUCUUCCCUUAUGGAAUGAAAGCCCUGACGAAUAAAGGCAAACAACGCGGCUAUCUUAUAGGGGAAUAUCUACGAAGACGUUACGAUGGACUAAUUUCACGGAUUUACCUUCCUGAUGAAAUAAUGAUUCGGACUACAGAGUACGCUCGUACAAAGAUGACUGCGCUGACCGCACUGACAGCAAUGUAUCCGCCUUUACCUGCGCAGCGAUGGAAUCCCGCGUUGGAUUGGCAACCAAUACCAUAUGACACUCUGGGCGCAUCGGUAGACGAUUUGUUAUAUUGGUAUUACUGUCCACGUUAUUUAUGGCUAAGAAAUCAAGUUUAUAAUUUUCCUGAAGUGAAGAAAUGGCUCAAACCUUAUCAGAAGCUAUUCACCUACUUGACAGAAAAUGCAGGAAGAAACAUAACUACGCCAGAGGAUGUGUUCUUUAUAGAUAAUCUAUUUCAAGCCUUGGAAAAUGUUGGCAUAAAAACUCCAAAAUGGGCGCAAGAUGUGAUGCCAGAAAUAAAAGAAAUGACUAAAAUUGAAUAUGCUAUAGAAUUUUAUAAUACCGAAUUGACCAAGUUAGCUACUGGGGUCCUAAUGGCUGAUAUAUUGAAUGCGACGAAUGCUGCUAUUGAAGGUAACAUGGAACAAUAUAAGUUACGUCUGUACUCCGGCCACGAAAAUAAUGUUGCGGCGAUAAUGGCUGCAGUCAACGUGUUCACGCCCCAUCAACCAAAUUACGGUGCAACCUUCUCUUUAGAAUUGAGAAAACACCGUUCAACGGGACAAUAUGGGAUUGCGGCUGUAUACGCUAAAGAUGCUGGUGGUCCGGAAGCUGUACUACCCAUAGCUGGUUGCGGUGGUUCAACAUUGUGUGAUUAUGAGACUUUCGUCAACCUCACAUCAGGUGUUGUGUGGAAUUUUAAAGAAUAUGAAGCACAGUGUGUCGUACUAGGGCAGUAAAACUAGUCAUAUAACGAAAUAAUCCAACAUUUUUAUUAAUAUGAUUAUUUCAUAGAAGAUAGUGAGUGACGA